AUGCAAAAAUUACUCGCCGCCAUCGCCGGGUUCUGCUGCCUUCUUGGGGCAGGCUUCGCUGGCUACUCGCACUCCAACACCGACAGAGGUCGCUGCGAGGGCCAAGCGGAUGGAGCGCUCUUUCCGUCGCUGAACUGUUCCAACUUCGUGAACUGUGUCGGUGGCCGUGAGGUUGAGGUUGGCUGUCUACCGCCCGGCACCUGGUACGACUACGAGCGGGAGGUGUGUGACCACCCGGAGUUCGUGACCUGCUGGACAGAGGAAAACCGCUGCACGGGCCGUGCGAAUGGCACCCUUCUGCCGGCGCACAACUGCUCCAACUUCAUCAUCUGCAUGAACGAGAUGGAAAACGAGGAGGUCACGUGUGUUCCCGCCGGUACCCUGUUCGACUACCGGCGAGAGGUGUGCGAUCACGCGGAAAACGUGCAGUGCUACGAGGGAGGUGCAUGUGCCGGGCGUCCGGACGGAUCGCUGGCCCCUUCGCGCAACUGCAGCAACUUCUUCCGCUGUGAAAACGAAGAUAUCGCCGAAGAAAUCGGCUGCCAGCCACAAGGGACACAGUUCGACUGGCAGCGCGAGGUCUGCGAUCGUCCGGAGAACGUGGAGUGCUUCGAGCCAGACUCGAGUCCUCCAACCACCGAGGGGCCACCGACCACAACGCUGGAGCCAACCCGACCCCCGCCCGAUCCGGAAGUACCGUCGAACGUUUGCCGAGGCAUCACGAUUGGCAUACUGCCCCAUCCGAGGGACUGUACACGGUACAUCAUCUGCAUUUUGCGGCAGCCGAACGUAAAGCGGUGUCCUCGGAACUUCAUCUUCAUACCGCGUUUGCUGAUCUGCGGUUUCGGUGAUCCUGAUACGUGCCAACCCAGCCAAAUCUGGAUGGACGUGUACCAGCGGGUUACUUCGUACGUUCAGUGA